AUGAGCGGACAUACCUUUCCCAUCGCUGAAACCUCUGCUGGAGUUGUCGAACAAGAUCCUGAGCUAUUCCCCGGGGACUUCCGCCCUCAAAUCGAUACUGGCACUUGCGUGAUUUUGGUAGUUCGUUUAAUCCGUCAUGCUCGGCGCGUGUGGCCUCAAUCACUUCUUACUAUUGCACGUGCAUUCGCUCGCUUCCUCUCAAUCCCAAGGGCGGAUGACGCCAAGAGGUCAGUUUCGGUGACUCGACAUGAUGAUCGCGUCAAAACCUCGAAAUUUAAUGGAUGUCUCUGGUUACUUUCAAUACCGGCCAACAUUGCUCCUUACCGCUCAACAUCUAUCCAACAGCAAGCGCAAUUUGAGCUUCUUCGAGCCAUGGCCACCCACAAACCCGUCCUUCCCGUUACAAGACAAGGAUAUCGAGCAGUCGUUGCAGUCCAACUGGCUCAUAAGAAAACAUUCGAAGAGCGCCAGUCCGCUGAACUAAAAGCUCCAUCCUGGCCUCCCUGGAAGGAAGAAAAACUGGGAAUUGAUUCUCAGCGUGGAAAUGAAGGGAUGUUCAGUCGUGCGAUGCAGGUACUUUCACAAAUGAAAGAUGCUGGCUAUUCUCAUCGUCUUUGGGAGGACAUAUCCUCGAUUUUGGCGGGCUGGGACACAGAUCACAGUCCGACGGUGCAGACCAGGGCUAUGAUGCGUCGCCCGCAAGCUUUACCGGACAGACAUGGAUCCAAGACGAAUCAUCACGAAAUGUGGGUUGCUCGUAUUCGCUCUACAAGAACUGUCCGUGAAGCCUGGGCGUGCUUCCUCUCAUAUCAGGACCGUGGCCUGCCCCCAAAGGGUUCCAUAUACGCUGCCAUGGCUGAAAAGCUAAUAUACCGACGAAACACCAUAGAGAGCGAGUUUGACCAACUGAGUCAUGCCUUGCCAGGCGAUGGCCGCGAAGUUCACCCGGAACCAGCUUCUGCUCGUGACAUCAUUUAUGUGCCCACGGAACCACCUAGCGUGGAUGAGUUUCUUGAUCAGAUGCGCGGACGGGGGCUUCGGCCUUCCGGGAGAUUCCUCGGCCUACUACUUCAGUCUGCUACUUCUCUGCGUUCGGGGUUGGAUUACCUCCAAUGCAGUGGCCUUGCAAAAGCCCAAAUCGAGACGCUCUCUAUUGUGCGGGCCAAGUCUCGCACGUACCACACCUUAGACCUUGACGCUUUUCAUAAAUUGCCAGACUUUGUAUUUGCAUCGUUCAUCAAGUUGCUGUGCACCCAUUCAGAUAUUGCCAGUCUGGACAUCGGCAAUCGAAAUAUUCUUACAGCUGACCGUUUCCCGGCAUUGAUAGCCGCCGACUGCUCGACCGGUGCGAAAGUGGACCUUAUCGCAUACUCCGAGGAACAUCCAGGUAAUCAGCAUCAUCCGAGGGCUUUAUGGCACGCGAUCCAAUUGACCAAAAUGCGACGUGCUCCUUACACCCCGGCCUGGACCCACAUUCUAUCUGCUCUGACCCGUGAUCGCCUCACCGGGUAUUAUGGUCCAAGAAGCCGAAGUCUUCAGCGCAUACUAGCAUGGCACCAGGCUCUCAGAGCAUUGAGCUGGAUGCGACAGCGCGAUGUUGAACUUGGCGAGGAAGGAUUCCGCAUUUUGUGCGUGGCGUUUACGAAAGCCGUUGACGCUGCCCUUAGACACCCGGGGACUGCCGAACACAGUUUUAUGCUGAUUCAUAAAGCUCGUAUCCGUCGUCUCAAAGCCAAGAACGAUGGCGAUGAUGAGGUUGACGCUUUGAUGCAGCACGCGCUGCAGGUCUUGAAGCAUCAGUUCGAUCAUCUCGUGCUCCCAGCAUCUAGAACAACGGAGCAUGCAGAGCGAAGUGUCUUUGCAGCAGAAAUGAAUUCAGAAACACAACUCCAUGUUCCCUCAAUGCUGCAAAUACCAUCACCUGCGACGCUACAUGCCUUUGUGCGGGCUCUUGGGUCUGUAGGAGAUGACGAAGGGUUGUUACAUCUGCUGCACUGGAUGAGUCGGUCGGCUGAUCUAUUGAAAGAAGCUGCAGACGAACAUGCAAACGGAGACAAAAUGAUGCGUCGAACCCUUGUGGCGAUCAGGGUGUUUUUGGAAAGACGACAGCAACGGAUUGACACACGGGUACCAUCGGACUCGAUCGUGGAGGCAUGCGACCUUGUCAGCCGGACAGGCUGGGACUGGCCAAGUGAUGCGGAGGUUAUAGAAUACUGCCAGUGA